AUGGCGCCUGCGUCGAGUGCUACUACCUUCUUCUCCCCGGCUCAACGCGCUCCUGCCCCGAUCAGGCUGAGCUCACUCCCAGCGGGCACACCACAGAUCUCCGUCCAUGCCUCAAGCCCACCUGCCAUCCUCUCCCCAAGUCUCCUGCGAACAGCAAACAGCAACGCUACUCCGAUACCAGCGGGUGCCGCGCAACAACAAGCUAUGAGGACUAUUCGAAAGACCAGAGUUUGUACGCUUCUGCCGUGCGGUUCUACAUCAAUAGGGACCAAGAAGAGUUUGGCGAAGUGGGCGUUCAAUCUACUUGUGAUGGCGUCAUCUAUCCUCGGCCUUGCCUAUAUGUAUGUCGACAACUCUCGGGCAGCGUGGACAGCAAGGAAGGAUUUCCGCGAAGACUGCUUCAACCAGAGAGUAAGCUCCAUGUGCCCUCCAAAUCCAAACCACUUUCCCACACGAUUUCUGAUCUUCUAA